AUGGCAUGUCCGCGGCUCGGGCUUCUUUGCCUCAAUUGGCUCCUCACUUCGGUGCGUGCUGCUUGGAGUCCUGUAGUGGACCAAGGAAGACCCCCUGGACGCUCGGUACACGUCGCUGCCUGGGAUGCCAUAGGUCGACAGAUUUGGAUCCACGGUGGAAGCCAAAGCGAGUUUUUGGACGAUCUGUGGACAUACAAUGUCGACAACAAGACCUGGGAGCGCAAAUGGCCACCAGCACCGGCACCUUCCAAGCGUGGAGACCAUGUGGCUGUUUGGGAUCCCUGUGAGCCAGCUUUGUGGAUUCAUGGUGGGUUCGAUGGUAGAAGCUUCUUCAAAGAUUUGUGGAAGUAUUCCGGCAACAGCUGGACCGAAGUGACUGUGGAUGGUCCUCAAGAACGAAGUGAUCAUGUGGCAGUGUGGGAUACAGCAAAUGGAGCACUAUGGGUUCAUGGUGGAGACAAUGGUGUGACUCUGAUGCAGGAUAUCUGGAAAUAUGACUCACUCCACAAAGGGACUUGGGUUCUUGUACAAGAUGUCACUCCACCUUCAGCCAUGGCUCGUCACGCGGGUGUUUGGGAUGAUAGAAACCUGGCACUGUGGAUUCAUGGCGGGGAUGAUGGAAGCUCUUUCUGCUGUUUGCAGCAGCUGUGGAGAUUUGACACCCAAACACUUCGUUGGAACUUUGUUUCCAACGGUGGUCCAACAGGAAGGGCAUAUCAUACUGCCGUAUGGGACGCCAUGAAUCAGGCCAUUUGGAUUCAUGGUGGGUUUGACGGUCAGGCUCGAAGAGACCUUUGGAGGUUCAGCGUGUUGAGCAUGACAUGGGAGCUGAUUGCAGACCAAGAACUGCCAUCAAGGCGAUAUAAUCACGUUGCAGCCUGGGAUGUUACAAGUAUGUCAAUGUGGAUACAUGGUGGCUAUUCUGGAUCAAACAUCUUGCAGGACUUUUGGAGAUUUCGGGCCACCACACUCACCACGACACCCUGUCAGUGCAGCUGCCUUCCUUACUGCAUUUGCCACUGUAUUCCCCACCAAACAAUUGAAUGCCCAACAACCACCACAACCAGCACACGCAGUUCCAGCACUACCAGCACAAGAUCUAGUUCAAGCACAACCUCCAUCUCUAUAACUGAGACUAGCAGUACCCUGUCUAGCACCAGCUCUUCCACUACAAAAACAUCCAGUUCUAGUUUCACCUCUAGCACAAUCACCACCACAAGUUGCACCACAUCCAGCACCACCUUUUCCACCACUACCACAUCCAGCUCAAGCUCAAGCUCUAGUACUGUCACGUCUACCACCAGUACCACACUCAGUGCUACAACAACUAGCUCAAGCACCACCUCGAGCACAAUCACAGCCACCAGCAGCACCACAUCCAGCACUACCUUUUCCACAACUGCAACAUCUACAUCAAGCAGCAGUUCCACGAGCAGCACUUCUAUCAGCAGCACGAUGUCUAGCACAACCUUUUCCACAACAAGAACAUCCAGCUCAAGCACGGUCUCUAGCAGCUUCUCCACGACCAGUACCACUGCCACCAGCACUACCACACCCAGCACAACCUUUUCCACAACUACUACAGAUUCGCGUACAAUCACCACAACCAGCGUCACCCACAGCACCAGUACCUCAUCCAGCGCUACCAUUUCCACAAGUACAACGUCAAGGUCAACGACAACCUCGCAUACAGAAACCACCAGCACCAUCACAACAUCCAGUGCCACCUUGACCAGCUCUACCAGUAGUUCUGGCACCAGCACUUCCAGCACCGUCACCAGAUCCAGUUCAACCUCCAGCACUGUGACGGUGUCAACCUCAACAAGCAGUUCUGCCAGCUCCACCUCUUCCACCAGAAGCUUUACGACAUCAACCAGCAGCACAGGAACCACUACGACAACAACAGUAGCGGAAGACUUAACAGGCAUUCUGCUGCUGGUUUCCGCCUUGGGAGUUGCAAUUAUGGUUCUUGCGGCUGCUUUACUUGUGUGGUUUUGGCGUUUCAAUCGGCCAAGGAAAGUGGUAGUUCCACUAGCAUCUUCGUCGCCGCGUCCACCGCCGGCACUCCUGUUGCCACUACCACUCCUCGAGGCUUUCACGAACACACAGCUGCUCAUCCCACCCCAGUCUCCCCGUGCACCUCACCCUUCCACAUCACAUCCACCACUUCCACCACUACCAGACCUAUGUCCACCGACCAGCGGCUUGGAGUUUUCCAUGACACCUGCCGUGGAAGUGCGUAUAGAUAUACCACAACCGAUUCCAUAUCAGCCUGUAGCAUACAGGCGGCCGCCAACACCAGACCUCUACCCGGUUUGUCCACUUGUACAGCGGUUGAGAGAGCUACCAUUGCAUAGCCCAGUCCAACCAUCUCUCCAGACACCAGCUACUGGGUCUCCGGAAAACAGGAUGCCAGUCCCAAAACCACCACCUUUGCUGGACGUCAGUCCUCAGAUGCUGGUUUCAAGCACCACCCGUUUUGUUUUACCCAGCUUGGUGAUGGAUGUUCCAUGCUUGAACUGGGAUGAUAGGAACAAGAGGACAGGGUACACGCCAGUCAUCUACACAUCCAUGGAUAUGACUCCCCAGCUGGAGCGGUUGCCACCAUUGACAGUUCUCCUUGCUCCAUUUGGCCCACAAGCACACUUGAUACGAGGGCCAACUUCUUUGCCACAAGGCCCAGGACUGUCAUGUGGAGUCACUCAAAAGCCACGGCCUUUGAGGGUGACACAAGUGCCACCCGAAUUCAAUGAGCCACCUCCGAACCCUCUACCGGGAAUGGUCCGGCCAUUCUUCCUGGAACCAGAUCCACCACCACGCCCUCCCCUUGCACCACGUCCACCUGCUCCGCCUCACUUCGUUCCACCUGACCCACCUUUGCCUCCUUCUCCUGGGUCUUCGUCAACAUGCUCAGAUCCUGACAGAAGAGGUGAAAGAGCAAGAGACCGAAGAGACACAGAGCGAGGAGGUGAAAGAUGCUGUAGAGCUUCAUCAGCUAUGUCACGGAGGGAUCACCAGAGGGACUGGAGAGACGACUGGAGAGGUGCCUGGCCAGGCGAGAGAAGGGAUGACUGGAGGGGUGACCGAAGUGAUCGCACUCAACUUUUGGUCACACAAGAGCUUUCUAUGUCUCAACAUUCUCAACUAUCGCCAGCCUCUUCUUCACGUUCCGAUCCAGACAGAAGAGCCGAGAGGGCCCGAGAUGCCAGACGCUCCAGAGCUACAUCAGCUAUGGCACGGAGAGAAAACCGGGCAGAGCGGAGAGGCAGUGAUCGCACUCCAGGGCCUGGACACUACAACCCACGAUAUCCCAACAGUUUCGGACGUGUUCCUGCCUUCGCGCAGGCCUCCCCAAGAGUCCGCUAA